CAAAGUAAUAAAAUCAAAAUCAAAAUCAAAAUGGAUUUCCCAAAGUUAUUUGAUGUGAAAGGAAAGGUUGUAUUGGUAACUGGCGGCUCCCGUGGCAUAGGGCUGAUGAUUGCUACAGGUUUUGUUCAAAGCGGAGCCAACGUUUACAUCACAAGUCGAUCAGCUCAUGUCUGCACAAAAGUGGCCAAGGAGCUUAACACUCUUGGGCCAGGAAGAUGUUUUUCUAUUCCAGCAAAUCUUCAAGAUCUCGAGGAAGUUAAGAGACUUGUAAAAGAGCUAGAGAAACGUGAAAAACAUUUGGAUGUACUAGUAAACAACGCAGGUGCUACCUGGGGCGAGACCAUUGAAGAUUAUCCGGAUUCGGCUUUUGAGAAAGUAAUUAACCUUAAUUUAAAGCGGGUAUUUUCUCUCACUCAGGCUUGUCUUCCACUGUUGAAGGCCAAUGCUGUUCCCUCUCGUCCUUCUUCGGUGAUCAAUAUCGGCUCUAUUGAUGGUUUGAAAGUUCCUACCCAAGAAACCUACGCUUACUCGGCUUCUAAAGCUGGUCUUCAUCAUCUUACAAGUCAUAUGGCUGUUAAGUUGGGUCCCGAUUCGAUCACUGUGAAUGCUAUUGCUCCCGGCGCUUUCCCUUCAAAAAUGAUGCAGGCAACAUUGGACGCAUUCAGUGAUAUAAUAAUCGCAUCAAUCCCAGUAGGUCGACUUGGUUCGCCUGAGGAUAUUGCAGGUACUUGUAUUUACCUAUCCUCUCGUGCUGGUCAGUAUACUACAGGGGCAAUUAUAAAGGUUGAUGGAGGUGUAGUUGUAGGAGGAAAGCUUUAAUUGACCUUAAAAUAACAAUAAUAAUAAUAAUAUUACUAUUAUAAAUGAGAUCCCAUUUGUUUCAAAUGUAGUUAUUAUCUCUUGCUUUCAUACAUUGCUGUUAGAAAUUGUUUUUUUUUUAUAGUAAUAUUAUUAUUAAAGGCUAAGAUUAUACUGAG